AGCUGCUCAGAGCUCCGGCAAGCUGUUCAUGGUGGGUGUCUCGCCACUACAGUUCAAGCACAUGGAUGUCACGCACAACUGGUACCGCAGAGGAGAGGAUAAUCUCCAGUUCCGUCUUGGACAGGUGUUGGAACUUCAACCAGACAUGAUCGAACUACAGACCUGGAACGACGCUGGAGAGAGUCACUACAUGGGGAACAUUUGGUCUGAGGCAACUGGUGGAGAUGCGAUCCCGGCAUAUACCGACGGAUACAACCACACGGGCUAUUGGGAGAUUCUUCCAUCGUUUAUUCAGGCGUAGAGGCGAGGCGACACAACUACGAAGAACAUGGUUCCGACCAACGGUGCGACGGCUCAAGGUGCCUUUUGGCAUCACACACUAUUGACAACUGCGGAUUGUUCCUCGGACACCAUGGGCAAGCCUGCAGGCAUCGAAAAUGCCGACAACGUGGUAACAGGUAUCAUUCUUGUCGCAGAGGGGCAGACCGGCCUCACUGUUUCUGUUUCGAGCGGUUCAACCGUUUCGGGAACGAAUAAUCUCGUCGAGGGAUUCAAUAAAUUUGCAUUCGCGGAUAUGACAACCGGCACAGUGAUGGUCGAGGUUCACAACGGAGAUGCUGUGGUUGUUAAAGGAUCGGGACCUAUCCCGGUCGCCGACUCGAGCUCUGUGUGCAACUAUAAUUUCCAAGUAGUUGCCCUGUUGAAUUGAGACACUUUAGAUUGGUUCCUUGUGGUAACUUGAACCUGUUGAGCACUGAAGCCAAAUGAGUUUAGCGAAAAUAUCCCGAAUGGCGAGGUGGCCAGUGAGGUGGAGUUGUGGCAGUGGUGGCUUCAUGGUGAUCCUUGGCUAGCGCUUAUAUGUGCGGUGCCCAAAGAGUCGACCCCGGCAAAAACGGCAGAAGGAUGGUAGAAAUGCAGCCCGAUAGACUGCUUUAAUGUGUGUUUUUUGACGUUUGAGGAUGGAUAUUUCGUAC